AAUGAAAUUUACUGCUCCAAAAGCAUUGGGUGGCUCCGGGAAAUCCAAUUUUCUCUGCUCAUGGGUUAUUUUCUGGCUUAUCCAUUACCAGGAGAAUCCUUGGGAGUAGGAGACAUGUAUUCUAGAAUAGGACUUUUUUCGAGAUUACCUAAUAAGAAGAAUUUAUCAGCGGCCGGGUGGAAUUUUCAAAUUUCCAACUGCCGGAAAGCUUUACAGUUAUUUCGGCAGAGAGCGCUCUUUCUUUGCAAGAUGUUGAUUUGACAUUCCAUCAACGCGAUCAACAUCAGUUGUCAAUCAACGUAAAAAAUAGGAGAACCGACCAAAAAAAUUAAACUCCAAAACCAUGUGUUUAUUUGGAGAGAAGUACUCCCGCAUACGCCACUAAAUUGUCGUCAAUUGGCAAUAAAUGUCGUGUAGUUGCAUUCGUGACACUGAUAAAAUAUUUUCUGUGUCGUUGAGCGUGACAAAUUAAUUAAUAAUUCAGCAAGUCAAUUUGGCAAAAUGAGUUCUGGAACUUCGGGCGAUUGCAGUAAAAAACAGAAGACGUGCCUUCAAGUUGCUACAAAUGUUACUGAGCAGAAGCACCAUGUGACACGUGAGAUUCGUGGUCAGAAUUUGGGCAUCUGUAGGGGUUUUCGUGGAUGCACACUGUGGCUCACGGGGCUGUCGGGUGCUGGAAAAACAUCCAUUGCUUUCGAAUUGGAGGCUUACCUCGUAUCUCGGGGUAUACCAUCCUAUGGGCUCGAUGGAGACAACGUGAGAACGGGCCUAAAUAAGGAUUUGGGCUUUAGUCAGGCUGACAGAGAAGAAAAUAUUCGUCGUGUAGCUGAAGUGGCAAAACUCUUUGCAGACAGUGGUGUUGUGGCUGUUUGUAGUUUUGUCUCACCAUUUGCCGAUGAUCGCGAAAUGGCACGCAAAAUCCACAAAGACUCAGAUUUGAAAUUCUUCGAAGUGUUCAUUGAUACACCUCUUGCGGUGUGUGAAUCGCGAGAUGUGAAAGGAUUGUACAAAAAAGCUCGGGAAGGUGCAAUUCAGGGCUUCACGGGUGUUACACAGGCCUACGAACCGCCUGAGACGCCGGAUCUUGUGGUGAAGACUGAAGGUCUCAGUAUUAGGGAAUCUACCCAGAAGGUGAUUGAAUUGCUGGAGAAUGAACAUGUGAUCCCACGUGUGUUGCAUGAUACCGAACGCAUAGCAGAGUUGUUUGUUGUGGGAAAUAAAAAAGUUGCCGCACUUGCGGAAGCUAAGAAUCUACCGGCACUUGCAAUUACAACAGUUGAACUGCAGUGGUUGCAAAUUCUCUCAGAGGGCUGGGCGUCACCAUUGAAAGGCUUUAUGCGGGAAAAGGAAUAUCUCCAGACGUUGCAUUUUAAUUGUAUUUUAAACAAUCAGGAGACAAUGCGGGAUAAUCAAUCAGUACCGAUUGUGCUCUCCGUGAAUGAACUUGACAAGGAACGUCUUGAUGGGAUGAGUGCAAUCACACUGUGCUAUGAUAGUAAACCAGUUGCCAUCCUACGUCGUCCUGAAUUCUACUACCAAAGAAAAGAGGAGAGGUGUUGUCGUCAAUUUGGCACAAAUAACCCCAAUCAUCCCUAUGUAAAGUUUAUCCAUGAAUCAGGACCUCAUUUGGUUGGUGGGGAAGUCGAAGUACUCGAGAGGAUUCGCUGGAAUGACAAUCUCGACCAGUAUCGCUUAACACCCAAUGAGCUUCGGGAGAAGUUCCGUGAAAUGAAAGCUGAUGCUGUGUUUGCUUUCCAGCUGAGGAAUCCCAUUCACAAUGGACACGCCCUCCUCAUGCAGGAUUGUCGUCGUCAGUUGCUUGAACGUGGCUUUAAGAAUCCCGUUCUACUCCUUCAUCCACUCGGUGGGUGGACAAAGGAUGACGAUGUACCCCUACCCGUGCGAAUGGCUCAACAUCAAGCUGUUCUGGAUGCCGGAGUACUCGAUCGUGAUCACACAGUUUUGGCAAUUUUCCCAUCGCCAAUGAUGUACGCGGGACCAACGGAGGUGCAAUGGCAUGCAAAGGCACGCAUGAAUGCCGGUGCAACAUUCUACAUUGUAGGCCGUGAUCCAGCUGGAAUGCCCCAUCCUGAUGCCGAUAUGUACCCCGAUAAAAAUCUCUAUGAUGGCACACAUGGGGCUCGGGUGCUAAAAAUGGCACCUGGUCUGAACCAAAUUGAGAUUCUACCCUUUAAAGUGGCCGCCUAUGAUAAAAUUGCACAAAAAAUGGCUUUCUUUGAGCCAUCGCGCAAAGAUGACUUCCUCUUCAUUUCCGGUACAAUGAUGAGAGGCUUUGCAAGAAACAACGAACUUCCACCAACUGGUUUUAUGGAACCAAAUGCAUGGAAAAUCCUAGCUCAAUACUACCAAUCACUCCAAAAGAAAUGAACCAGGACAUUCUUGUUGUUACAGGACUAAAGUUUUAUUUUUUUCGUUUUUUUUAAACAAUAUUUUUAAAAUUAUUUUAUGUUUUGCUGAAUAUAUUUGUUUAUAGUGGGA